AGGUGGGGCCAUGGCGCGAAAGGGAAGGAAAUGUGUCCCCAGCUACAUUUGCGUGGCGUAUGCAUCGCUUGGAGCACUCAGCCUGUGCGGGACGACAACAUCCUUCGUUUUGCGACAAAGCCUAAGGGUGACACCCACGGCAGGGCGGUACCUGCAUGCUUGCCCGCCUGCGGGACGACAGCGUCGAGAAGGCAAACCAAACGAGGCGACAAGGAAGGGCGCGGCAACCAUGGCCACCUCCGUACAGGUUUCUGAGCCGAUGACUCUAACUGAAAAGAUCAUCGCGAAAGCGUGCGAUCGGCAAAGCGUGGCACCGAACGACAACGUGUGGGUCAAAACGGACGUGUUGAUGACACACGACGUCUGCGGCCCUGGCACCAUCGGGAACUUCUACAAAGAGUUUGGUCCCAAGGCCAAGGUGUGGGAUCCAGAAGGCGUCGUCAUAAUCCCGGACCACUAUAUCUUUACAGCAGACCCCCGUGCUAAUCGCAAUGUUGACAUCCUUCGGGACUUCGUCAACCAACAGGAUAUCAAGUACUUUUACGACAUCACCGACCGCGGCAACUUCAAGGCAAACCCGGACUACAAAGGCGUUUGCCACGUUGCUCUCGCCCAGGAGGGCCACACUAGGCCUGGAGAGGUAUUGUUUGGGACGGACUCGCACACGUGCAACGCGGGUGCAUUCGGGCAGUUCGCGACGGGCAUCGGCAAUACAGAUGCGUCGUUUGUCAUGGGUACCGGGAAGCUGCUGAUCAAGAGCCCGGCCUCCAUGCAAUUUGCGCUUGAGGGGGAGAUACCAGACCACCUUCUAGCCAAGGUGACAUUUGCAGGGGGCGCGCAUGUUUAA